AUGUCGUCUAACGAGAAGGCGACGGUGACUAAAGAGCAGAAUGACCGCCAUAGAAAGAUUCUGGACGGCCUCUUGAAGCUCCCCGAAAACCGUGAAUGCGCUGACUGUGGCUGCAAAGGGCCUCGCUGGGCGAGCGUCAACCUUGGAGUUUUCUUGUGCAUCCAGUGUUCUGGCAUUCAUCGCAGCCUCGGAGUGCACAUCUCCAAGGUUCGAUCAGCUACGCUUGACACAUGGCUGCCGGAGCAAGUGGAAUUCAUGCAGUCUAUGGGAAAUGCCAAGGCGAAUGCUUAUUGGGAAGCGGAGCUGCCGCCACAUUUCCGCCGCCCCGCAGAGUCUGACAAGGGAGCCUUGGAGGGGUUCAUUCGAGCCAAGUACGAGCAGAGGCGUUGGGUCCGGCUGAACGACGAGAAACGUGCCCGCAUGCGGCAGAGCGCACUGGACGAGGAUCGCAACAGGGAACGCGACCGGGACCGGGGGGAACGUCCCCGCCGGUACCACGAUUCCGAUUACGACAGGGACUGGAGCCAUGGCGCCCAUGCCUCGUACAACCGUGGUGGUGGCGGUGGUGGGGGUGGGGGUGGCAGAGGGGGCUCGUCAUAUGAUUCAUAUGACAGCAAGUAUGAUCGUUACGGUGGGCCUGGGGACAGGGACAGGGGCGGUGGUGGUAGGUACGAUUCUUAUGGAGGCUACGAUAGGGAUCCACGGGGAGGCAGUGGUGGCGGGGGGUAUGAUCGUGAUCCGCGUGGUGGGUACGACAGGGACCGUGGGGGAGGGCAAAACUCGCGAGACAGGGAUUAUGGGCGUAACUGGAACGAACCAGAGCCUCGCUCGCGUCCGGAAAGCAAGGCACCUAGCACCACGCCUGUAAAGGUGACCAUGUCAAGCGGUCAGCCUGCAGCAGGAGCAUCAACAACUCCGGUUCGCCCGCUGCCUGGCCCGGGCUUUUCCCAACCCCCCCCUGUGCAAGCUCCUGCUGCUGCUGCUGCUGCUGCGGCUCCUGCGCCUGCACCAGCGGCUGCUGCAGCCCCUGCUGCUGCCGCUGCUGCACCGCAGCCUGCUCAGACUGCCGAUCUCUUUGAUCUUCUAUCGAUCAGUGAACCAGCUGCUCCGGCUGCUGCCGCUCCUGGUGCGACCCCUGCAGGACCUGCCGCUGCUGCUCCUGCUGCUGCUCAACAAGCAGCUCCUGAUGCAGCAGGAGCGUGGGCAGCUUUUCCUGAGGCUGCUUUUGCUGCUGCUCCAGCUGCCAGCGCCCCUGCUCAAGCUACCACAGCAGCAAACCCCCUUGCAGACUUGUUUGCUACAGCGCCAGCAGCUGCUCCAACUGCUGCAGCUCCUGCACCUGCAGCUGCUGCAGCAGCAGCACCCAAGAACGUCAAGUCUGACAUCCUGAGCCUUUUUGAGCAGGCACCUGCCAGCAGUCCGUUCCUGGCACAGCAGCAGAUGGCAGCUGCUAUGUUCGCCCAGCAGCAGUACAUGGCUGCAGCUGCUGCAGCCGCUGCUGGUACCACUGCUGCACCCGCUGCAGGGGGUGCAGCAGUCAGCAUGCCUGUUGCAGGGAUACCAGGCCUUGCUGCUGUACCUGGUGCUGCUCCAGGUGCCGCUGUUGGUGGGGCUCCUGCAGCCGGGCAGGCUGGUGCCAUGUUUGCGAUGCCUGGUUUUGUGCCCGGGGCUGUACCAACAUUUCCUGCUGCCGGGGUAUUUCCUGGGCAGGCAAUGCCUGGUGGUUACCCGCAGCUUAUCCCAGGCAUGACGCCCCAGCUCUUCCCUGGCCAAGUGCCUGGAGCUGGCGCUGAUGCUGGGUUUGGUAUGCCACAGGGCUUUGCUGGCUUGGCCGGGGUGAUGCCUGCUGCUGCAGCUUCGCAACCAGCGGCUCCAGCUCCUGACACAGGUGCCAGCUACGACUUUUCGUCCCUCACUGCAACAGCGCUUCGCAAGUAA